GUGAUGAAAGACCUACAGAUGGUGGUUCCAGUACAAUCAAGACAAUGAAGAUGAAUUUUGGAAAGAAUUUAAACCCAUUAUUGCUACCAGAUUGCAAGAACAUUCAACUUGUUACCCUGGAGCCCAACGAAGAGGGUGCUUCUUCAGAAUUCAAGGACUUGAUGUUUUCUUGUGAAGUGAAAUUCCAAGCUGUUCAUAUAAGUAGAAGGGUUCCAAAACUCAGACAGCAGAACCAAAUGAUUAGAAGGGCUGUUGGACUCAAUUCAACAGCUGGAGAUCAUGAAGUUAGGUGCAUAGAGAGGAAAAGACAAGUACUUCUUGCAUUUAAUCAACGUUUGGUUGAUGACUAUGGUGUGCUUUCCUCCUGGGGAAGCGAAGAAGAGAAAAGGGAUUGUUGCAAAUGGAGAGGAGUUCAGUGUAGCAAAGCAACUAGGCGUGUAAUUGAGCUUAUUCUUCAGGAUUGCUCUUUAAGAGGUGGACAUCUUCUCAGUCAGUUAGGGAACCUCACAAACUCUCCCAACAAGUGGUAUCAAAGUUCAUGGUUCAAUCUUGGUGUGACCAAGUAUUUGAGGAUGGAUUUAGUAGAGAAAGUCCAUGGCAAGGUCUAAAGUCCAAAGUGAUUGCACUAACGGGAGAAAGACUCACAUGUUCACAGGAGAGGAGAUCCUACAUCGCUAAGAAACAAUAUGAUAGUAGAAUAUAUGUGGAGGCCCAUAAAGCUAAGAGGUAUGUAUUGUGGGUUUAAUAUGCCAUCUUCUCCUAUGUGUUCGUGUUCUCUCACUUGUGUGCUCCCAAGACUCUUUUCAACUACAUUAAGAUAUGCCUCAGUAACCUGAAGGCCUACCUCUGUUUGAUUAUGGCAGAGCUUUGUUUGUUGGUAACAAUGAAGGCUGCUAGAUUGCAAAGAACAUUCAAGUUUUAGGUGCCAUCACCUUUUCCCUGGAACCUAAGGGAGAUGGUGUGUUUUAAGCUUAUUUGUAACCUUGUCAUCUUCUGCAAUUGCACUACGUAUUUCAUUGAAAAUAGCAGACAAAGACAAGUCGCCUCUGCUUGUUGUUUUUCAUGUUCAAAAUGCUUCUUCAGAAUGCAAGGAUACAAAAAUGAAAUUUUAAGAUAAGU